AUGGAAGACACGUGCACUUGUACUACCACUCUGCUAUCGGCCUGGUCGGAUGUUACUUGGCCCAUCCGUGCCAUAUUGGGCAUCCGAGAUUCGCGGUACUUGUAUGGCACAGGUCGGUCUCACAAUCCACCGCUAACCUCAUCGCUGAAUGCUCUGGCGAAAGCCGCCAAAAGCAAAGCGAAAAAGGCGCAGCUAACAGAGCAUUGGCAAGCCUUGAUGCCUUCCGCGUCCCGAUAUCAUGUCAAGGCUCUACACUUGGACAUGUCUCUGCAAAUUACACCCCAGGCGUCAAAGAGGCCACCUCCGACAGAUGCUUGGGCCUGUCGAGAAGAAAGGGGUAAGAUGCUGGGAAAGCUGCGAAAGCCCAGGCGUCUCAUUCCUGGCGGCUUCUUACGCGGCAAAACGCCAGGGCAGGGUAAAAAGAACCUUCUCAAAGAGAACUUGGCGAGGGCGUGGACUUUUUGCCCUGGAUACUGCAGCGGCUGGUGCUUUUAA